UUUUUUUUUUUCUUUACUUUAUCCUUUGCUUCCAAAGUCAACCUCAUCGACAAGACAGAUAGACAGAGAUGGCCUCCAUAAUGCCCUUCCCAAACGUGGCUACUCACCGUAGGAUGCCACAUCUGUCCAAUGCACCCAAGCCCACUACCUCCACUUUACCCCAUCAAACUGAUUUUCAACAACAACCACAACAACAGCAACAACAACCACAGCUCGAUCAUUUAUCUUUAGAUCAUACUCAAGAUAAUAACAGUACUAGUCCUCGUCUUAGACUUACCCCAGGAUCGUCUUCAAGCACAACUCACAACAAACAACUUGAGGACAGUGGCUCUUGUCCGUCACCUUUGGUCAAGGCUAUCCAAGUCAACGAUCAAAUCUCACCUUUGGUCCUUGGUCUCCAAUCACCCUCAGCAUCCACUUCACCUACUAUGCAGUCUCAACAAGACUCAAAGUUGAUAAAGUCGGCCCUGUAUGAUGCUUUCGGAUGUCUUUACCACCCUUCUGCUCACACCAAGCAUUCAUCUCUUUCCUCUAAUAACGCGGUCUCUUUGCGAUCUGGCGAUGUAACUCCUCUCAUGGGCCUAUCUCCAAAAGCUUCACCUCUCUUGCGACCCAACAUGGGACCAUCUGCACCCAUCACACCAUUGGAACUUUCUGAAGAAGGAACUGCCGCUGGCUAUUUUGCACUCCACUCACCAUCCUCACAAGCAUCGUCAGCACUAAACGGAUCGUCCAGGCAGUUUGGUCACCAACUUCACCAUCACUAUCCUCGACAACAAACACAUGGAUCUAGUCAUCUGAGCUCAACGUACACAUCAGAGGACUUUGAGGGUCCUUUAGCACAUGAACAAGCACAGAGACUGUCAGCUGACAUGGUCCUUAGCCCAACAGAGCAUCCUGUUUUGAGCUCUCUGCAGACUCUCAGCCUUACUCAUCCACAUCCGCCUGAGCAUUAUCAUCCCCAUCUUGGACACGAGCUAGGCUAUGAUAAAGUACCUAUCAGCGAUGAAUCUUUACCAGGGCCAACCAGAACUACAGACACAAGCACAAUAAUUGGCGGAGUAGAGCCUUCGUUUUCAUCCCAGAUACAAACUCCAACAACAGCGAUGAUGCAACAGGCACAAGCACAGUCAAUGAAUCCUGCUUUUGCCAAACCAAUGGGAGCACCAGCUACUGGCCUCUUCCCGAUGGACCGUAAUGAACACGACUCAAUACCAGGAUUCGGUCAUCAGAAACUAGUCUAAAAAGUAACCAUCUCAAUACCCCAUGUUUUUUUUAAAAAGAAUCACUGUCAUCAAUCAAUCUUUGGUUUUCCGAGAUGUCUACCUGUGUACAAAAAUGAAAUAAAGUUGGAGAAGGGCUUCGAAGUCGAAUGUAGGAC